UGUAGAGUGACAGCUCGCGACACACGCACACAGAGAGAGAGAGAGGCGCGCGCGGAGAGGAAGAAGGGGAAUCUGCUGUCCGCCGCGAACACAGGAACUUUCCACGAGCUUCUCCCCCCUCCCCCCCCCCCCUUCCCCCCCGUGUUUAACUGUAGAGGGAGAGAGAGGAGUCGACUCCGCGCCGUCUGGAUGUGAAUCGACUCGGAACCGAAGCUCCUGGGUGUCGGUACACGGAUAAACCGGAGGAUUCUUCCUGUGUUGUUGUUGUUGUUGUAUAAGGAGAUAAAUGUAUACGUUAUGAACACUCACACCAUGUUACCCGGCGGCGGAACUUACGCGAGCAAGAAACGGAAGAAGCCCGUUCAGAAAAUACCGAAGCCUCCCCCACCCGAAGGUGCCAAGUCGAACCCUUCGAAGCGACACAGGGACCGGCUAAACAUGGAGCUGGACAAACUGACCAGCCUGCUGCCCUUCUCUGAGGACGUUCGCUCCCGGCUGGACAAACUGUCCGUCCUCAGGCUCAGCGUCGGAUACCUGAAGGUCAAGAGCUUCUUCAAUGCGACUAUGAAGAAGACAGGGGGCGGGGCUAACGGCUGGCCGAUGGGGACUCUGGGAGGAAACAGACAGACAGUCAGCAGUCUGGAUGGAGUGAGCUUCUCUGAGGAGGAGUUACUGCUGCAGGCUCUGAAUGGCUUCGUGCUUGUUGUAACAGCUGAAGGUUAUGUGUUCUAUGCCUCACCUACCAUACAGGACUACCUGGGCUUUCAUCAGUCGGAUGUGGUGCACCAGAGUGUGUUCGAGCUGAUCCAUACUGAUGACCGUGCCGUGUUCAGGAGACAGCUGCACUUCGCCCUGAAACCCGCACAGGGUGAUCUCGCUGACAAUGCUGAUGGCCUCCAGAAGAAGAGCGACGUCACCACUAUCAUAAAUUACAGCCCUCAACAUCUCCCACCAGAGAACUCGUCCUUCCUGGAGAGGAGCUUCUGCUGCCGCUUUCGCUGCCUCCUUGACAACUCCUCUGGCUUCCUGGCCCUGAACUUCCAUGGUCGACUGAAGUAUCUUCACGGCCAAAACAAGAUGGCAGAGGAUGGCACCAUGGUGCAUCCUCAGCUGGCUCUUUUUGCCAUAGCUACACCCCUCCAGCCACCCUCUAUUCUGGAAAUUCGGAGCAAGACGCUUAUCUUCCAGACCAAACACAAGCUGGACUUUACACCUACUGGCAUUGACACCAGGGGGAAGGUGGUGCUGGGUUACAAUGAGAUCGAGCUGUGCAUGAGAGGUUCUGGUUACCAGUUUAUCCACGCCGCAGAUAUGAUGUACUGUGCUGACAGCCACCUGAAAAUGAUUAAAACGGGUGAGACUGGUUUCAUAGUAUUCCGGCUCCUGACGAAGUCAGGAGUUUGGGUCUGGGUGCAGUCCAACGCCAGGCUCAUCUAUAAGGGUGGACGACCAGACUUUAUCGUGGCACGACAGAGAGCCUUAACUAAUGAAGAAGGGGAAGAGCAUCUUCAUCAGAGGAAGCUGCAGCUGCCCUUCAGCUUUGCCACUGGAGAAGCUGUCCUGUAUGAGACCACCCCUUCUCCAGACAUAACUAACAUCUCUAGCCAAAUCAAAGAGGGUAAGAUCAGUAAACCUGCCACGCUGCCUCCCAGUUCACUGUUGAGCUCCAUGCUGAAGCAGGAUGACUCUGUGUACCAGACCAACAACAAUCCCAACUCUCAGUUCUGCUUGGAAAAGGCAUUCCAGGACAGCCACACCCUUCUCAAUGUCCCUGGAAAGUCCUGGGCAGGAGAAGACCGGAGCAGUGUGGGCAUCAAGGAGGAAUCGGCCCUGCACGAAAUGAUGGACAGCUUGCAGCAGAUCAUUGGGGACAGCAGCAUGUGCGAUAACUUUGAAGAGCUAACCAUCAAUCAGGACGAGCUAAAGGAAUGGGAGAACGCGCUGCUGCGAAUGAACAGCAUGAGCAGCACUGAGAUACCCUUCGAGCUUAAUGACAUCAUGGCCAACAACAUCUUCACAUAUGUGGAGGACGUGCUGUUUAAUGAGAGCAGCACCAACAUGAAUGACCAACUUCCUGAGUGUCUGUCUGAGCUGCAGCUGCAGGGAGACCUUAAUGAUCUCUUUGGCAUGUCAGAGGACCUUGAAACAGGUAGCUCAGGAGGAGGGAUGAUGAAACCUGCUCACACUGGGCCAGAGAUGCCUCUGGGGCAGCAAGCAAAUCCUGUGGAACCAUUUGUGGAACUGUGUGAAAGUAUUAUUUCUCCAUUUCCUGGCCAACAGAACCAAGCCACGUUGGUGCAGCAGAGAGCAACAAGCCAACAGGACCAAGCAGAGCUCAGACUGCAAGUUCAGAACCAUAUCCAGAGCAGAAACCUGGGCUAUCCAGAAAAUGUGACAUUGCCCAACCUUCAGAACCAAGCGCAACAUGUAGGCUUUCACAACCAUAAUUCCAUCCUGUUCAAUCAGGCAGUCCUGCCGAGCAGUCAGUGGGCAGGGCCCCAAACACCCAGCAGUGAGAGUAUUCCAGUUUUGCAAAACGCCCUCUUAAACCCUGCACCAAGUGCCUGCCUCAAAGGACAGUUUCCUCUCAGUAAUCAGACUGUAGACAAUCAGAGACUUACGACAUGGAAGCAACCCCAACCUUCUGUUCAACAGGGCCAGACCACAUUACCCAAAGUUCCCAAUGUCCAGAAUAUCCCAGAUGGUAAUCACAUCCAGUCAGUUCUAUUCAAGAGGCUAAUGCUGCAGUCUGACUGUGGCUCAGGGUCCCAUCCACAGCUGAAUGUAAUCGGUAAUACAGUUUGUGGCCAGCAGGGGGAGCUUGCACACCCAUCUAAUGCUGUGUUUGAACAGCAGGUAGAACGCUUACAGACGCCUAAUGCAGUAUGUGGACAGCAGAGGGAGCUCUUACACCCAGCUAAUGCUGGUUUUGGGCCACAGGAGCUGAUGGAGACGUCUAAUGCAGCUUAUAACCAGCAGGGGGAGCUGUUGAACAGCGAGACUCCUGCACCCAACAGCAGUUGCAUGUUUAAGAGGACAAUUCAGGCUCCCGUGAAUGGUUUAUGCUACGGUUCAGCUGGACAGGAUGUGGCAAUUUCGUCCUGCCAGAAUACAAAAGAGUUCAUGGCCCAGAAUUCGGCGCAGGGCUCAUAUUUCUUUCAGAACAGACUCGCGGGGAACGUGUUGAACAACGGAGGUGUGACACCAGACAGCGCCAUCGCCUGCCAUGUGCAACAGCAGUUCCUCACUCACAAUAGUCAGACGCAGAUCACAAACCGUCCAGUCAAGGAGAACGGACCAUUCCAGUUCACCCCUGUGACGGGGGGGAUGCCGUGCUUCACCAGCAACACCCAGAACGACAGCUUUUAGAAAGGAAAACUUCUGUCCAGUGCAGCUAUCUUCUGUGAAUGGAGAAAGGAUGGAGGGAUGUCCCUGUGAAGAUACCGUACACGCGUCUUCAUGUUCACGCUCUCCGUUUCGUUUUAUCGCAGCUGAAAUACGUAAACGAGAUUGAAGGCUGAGGGCUGGACUCGUCGUGGUCGUACCAUCAGACAGACUGUUUGUGAAAACCUGCCUGUCUGCUCACAUGCUCAUUUAUUCAAUCAUUUUGUUUGUGUGUUUGUUCUUUUACUCGUUUCCUGCCCAAAGAAGUUCAGAAGGACAGAAAAAUGAACGCAUUUUUGCAUUUUUAUUUUUUCUUUUGGUGCAUUUCUUUGUGUGUGUGUGUGGAGCAGAAAGGAUCUGCUCAGAGCCCAGUUAUGAAGUAUGCAAUAGGAAAGAUGGAAGGGGACGAAAUUCUGAAAUUUUCUAUAUUUAUUUAGAAAGAGUAGAGCCAUGGAAAAAAAAGGGAAAAGCCUCUUACAGCUCUUGUGUUCCCUUUCAGAUUUCUGCCGAUGCACUUCAGAAGGUGAGAUCAACACCUGUAAAAAUGACUGAUUGUAAAAUUAAAAAAAAAAGGAUGAAAAAAAAAAAAAAAAAACAGACAGAUUGUGUCCUGCAUCCAAAGACGUAGCACUAUGAUAGAAUUCAGAUAUAAUUCGCCUGCAGCCAUGUUACAUCAGGCAUCGUCUAAUUUAUAUCACUCCCACAAUGCUCUGGAUCUGUGGGGGGCCAAAACUACUGCCUGACUGAUCGCUGAAGCAUGUCUUUCCAGCUGUCCUUCCUGUUUUUUUUUGUUUGUUUGUUUGUUUUUUGACUCGGGAAAUGCCCCGCCCCAAAAUCCUCACCCAACGACACUAUUGAAUGCGGGGAGAAAUACCUCACCUGACAGCGCACACAUUUUAACUGGAUGUUUUGGUGGACUUUUUAUCUGGAACAUCAAAGAAAUGUAAGCAGGAUUUUCAUCGCUCGGAGAAAUUUUCAUCACAGUAGUGUAUUAAGAUGAUAUAAUAAUCACGAUAAAGGACUUUGUAUAUGUAUACACAUUCAGCUUUUUUUUUAAGUGUCUUAAAUAUGCUUUUUUUUUUUAUAUUUUAUGUGCAUUUUAACAAAUGUCAUUGAGCCAUUUUCGUGUCUGCUUGUACUGAUCAUGAUGAUUAAUGCUUUCACAGCGUGCUAGCGUGCUGACUUCUGGUUCCUUGUAGGAGUUAGCCAGUUCGCGUCUUUUCUUCGAGAGCUGGUAUGGCGCGAUACGAGUCAGAACACUUUGACAAAGAGUGUCAAACCUUCAAAUGCACACACAAGUCAGGCUGCAAGCCAGUUGUUUCACAGUCGUUUCUUUUUCGUUGCUUUAUUUUGACGUCAGACUUUAUUGAAGCAGAUCACGUAUUUACUAAUCCCCGCCCCGUGUUGGAGAACUGUCGUACGUGCCUUACUCUUCUCUGACACUUUAGCCUUUUAAUAUGACUAUAUGUAAUGAAUAUAGCAUUAUGAACAUGUAUAUAUUACCAAGUCUAUCAGAUAGAAAUGCUUUCAUACCUCAGUAUCAAGGAAAUAUGACUGAUUGAUUGAUUGCAGACACUUCACUUCUCUUUCUGCUAGUCGCUAGUCCUGAACGUUUAUUUCCACAGCGGUUGUGUGGAAAUGCUAAUUGCUAAUUCUAGUUUUAUCUACAUGCCAGUGCUGCUCUGCCUUUUGCGGAUUUUAAAGUGCCCGGGAAAUGACAUAGAAAAAUGUUGUUCAUUUUCACAAGAAAACUAUUAGACGACUCGUCUUACACUAUGUGCAAAAUUUGGUAAAUAAAUCCUCCGAAUGAAUCCAAUUAAAUACUCUCAAAUUAAAUUCUUUCUGUUCUUUCAUCAUGAGCAUGAAUUUGACUGGCUGAUCUCAGCUCGGACGUGACCUCACAGCAGAAUCAGAGCACCAUCACUGUUACACGAGUUCAUCGGCAUGUGCAAAGGAGUCGUGCGAAAAUCACAAUCAAGUCUUUUAUGGUCCCUUUUUUUUUUACUUGCCAAUAUACAGUACAAAUAUCAAUCAAGACCCAUUUUCCCUCAAGACACGCCCAGUGAAUCCUCCCACAUACCCUCAGAGAACAAGAAGAAGAACCCUAACGCAUGAUUGGUCUGUCUUUCAGAAGCCAGACUUCCUUCACAUCCAUGACUCCAUCCUUCUCUCACCGAGUCUCGUUUGUCCUCCAUAUUUAGUCAGUGAGAUGGAUUUGAUGGCUGAUGCAAGCAAGGAAAUCAUUUGACACAUGGAACCAAAUCGUAACCUUGAAGAUGCAUAAUGGGCUCUUCAAAUCCGAUCUGUUUUUUUAUUUUUAUUUUACUGCAUUCUCAAAUGUUCCCAGCAGACUGAGAUGUUGCUGGAUAGUUAGAUUGGACAAGUUCGCAUCCAAGUCAGAAAUCUCGCCUGCUUGAGUAGCUCCAAAAAUCUCCAUUUGAGAUCUGAUCACACUGGGAACUGACUGCAGUGUUGAGCUGAUCUUAGAUUAGAUUUUGUUGGAGUGAGGUUUUAAGGUUUGAAAACUGUGAUCAGGAAGUCGAGCUCAAGUCCUGUAUGAAACCCUGCUGAGAUGGCGUGGCGAUCAAACACCCCUGCAGAGUGAUCAGACCUCUGUGCACAGAAGGUUAGAUCAGACAUGAGAUUUUUCCUUCAGAAAAUGGCUUCAGGAUCAGAAGGUCUUGUAGAUGGUCUUGAAUCAUAUUUCAUUGUGAAGAUCAUAUUGUGAUCACAUCUGGAGAUUAGAUCGGGAUGUAUGGAUGACUGUAUAGACAGUGGUGAGAUCAGACUACAGAAAUGGUUUUGAGGAAUGUAUAAAAAAAAAAAGGGUCUAUUCCUGCAGAGAGUGUAUCAGGAUCAGAUCUCUUUGCAGAGAUGGUGUCCAGAUCUGAUCUCCCUGCAGAGUGGAUAUUGGGAUCAAAUUGCUAUCUGCAGAGAUGGGAUUGAGAUCAGAUAUGCAUGCAGAGAUGGUGUUGAGGUCAGAUAGACCUGCAGAUUGGAUAUCAAGAUCGGCUAUUCCUGCAGAGUUGUAAUCAAGAUCAGACAGACCUGCAGACAUGGUGUCAAGAUCAGAGAGACCUGCAGAUUGGCUGUCAAGAUCAAGCAUAACUGCAGUGUUGGUAUUGGGUUCAAUCUUCCUGCCCAGAUGUCACUGAGAUCAGAUAACCCUGCAGAAAUGGGACCAAGAUCAUAUAGCGCUGGAGAGAUGGUGUCGAGAUCGGAUCUCUGCACAUACGGUGUGGAAUUUGAAUCUUGCUGUAGACAGGAGCAGAUCGGCUUGUCGAACGGCUGUAAACUCGGAUGGCACGCUUCACUUGGACCAUGUGGAGUGUGCACUCUGCAGUAGGGAACUACCCUUUCAAGUGCACAUCCGUAUUCUUGAUUGGAUUCGGGACGCGUCCGAGUCACCAGCAUGGAACAGCGAGCAGAUUGGAGCUUCAUUUCCACUCAUGAUGUUCAGAGCCGUUCAGUUCAAGGGGCGGAGUCAGAGCUGCUUUGAACUCGGACUCUUUCUAAUGCAGCUUGUUGAAGUGCCUUCAGAAAUUCUCAUCUGCUUUCCCCCUAAUUUUCUGUUUUCUCUUUGGACCAACUGAUAAAAAGAGGGGCUGAAGGUUUUAUGCAAAAUACAGGGUUUCCUGAAAAUCUAAACCAAUCGGAGGCCUUACAGAUAUUUCACAGACUUUUUCAUCGUCGAAUUUUUAAACACAAUCUCUUGAUAAAGAAAUUAUUUGUCUAAGAAUCCAAAUGAGCAAUGUUUAUAAAUGACUGAUGGACAGGUGAAAGGUGUGGGUGUUUUUGGGGGGGGCAUUAUUAUUAUUUUUAUUAUUAUGAGCACCACCUUUUUAAAUUGCAUAGCAAUACAAAUUGCAUUGAUUUUUAAGCUGGAGUGUGUAACUUUGAAAGCUUUUUGGUUGUUGUUUGUGGAAUGUGUCCUUAGAAAAGGACAGUCAAGGAUCCAGUCCCAAUGACGGCACCGAAUUAGCUAGCUCGGUUUCGCGUGUAACGAUUUGCUUCCGCAGUUCUGUGUUUAUCCCUGUACUGUGUUUUAUGAAAUCAUUUCUUUUACAGAGGGACACCAAGAAAGCGAACCACUUAGGUCUUUGUUUAUUCCAGUGACAUCAUGUCGGUGAAACAAUAGCCAGCUAGUGACAUUUAGUGCGUACGUUGUGCCCCAGUGACCUUGCUACUAGCUAUUUAGGUUUUCAGUGUUAAUGGUGUUAGUUCAUGAGAUUGCAGUCCUGACAUCUCCAUCUUUAACGAGUGAUGGUGUACGUGUCUGAUCAGAUCUGAUCCGAGACACUGUGAUGAUGAAAUUGUUGGAAUGUGAACAGAACAGCCCAAAAACAACCUCGCCUUCAGAGCUUCGCAGCAUCCACCAAAAACAAAGCAGCAUUUUACUGUUAAAUGAAUGAAACAAUCAUUUAAGCACUUGCUUCUUCUGAUGCUUUUUAGUUUCAUUUAUUUGUCUCUUUUGAAAUGCAGUAUCAGUGUUUAUUAUUAUUAUUAUUAUUAUUAUUAUUCAAUGUUAUUUUGUUGUCUUUGUUGCUUUUCACAAUCUUUUUUUUUUUGCGCUCACAAAUAUAGUAUAUACAUUUUUUUUUGUAAAUUUCCCUGAACACCUUGUACAAUGUGUAUACGUUUGUUUCUUUGCCAAUGAUUUUUUUUUUUUUUUUGUAUUAGCAAAUGUCUCGUGUGUUUGCUGUGUCUGUUUACGUCUUUAUAUUAUUACAAGCGUUUAUUCUAACGAUCAGCCCGGUUUGUCAGAGUGUUGUUAUUAUCAGCUCUCUUUCUCUGAUCAGAGUGCUGAUGUUCAGGAGUCAGGAUGAGACUGAAAGCUGCCAUGACAAGAGGCAGUGAAAUAAAACAUGCAGACAAGAA